GAUUCUCCCCCUCCCACCUUCUCCUCCCCUCUCUCCUCCCCCUAAACGGAGGCUGGAUGGCUAGCUGCGCUUUCAUAUUCUGAACCUUCAAAGUGACUGCUUGGAACUGUGUCUGAAUGCCUUCCUGAGAUGAGGCAGGCUUUGGCUUGCACCAGUGCGCUCUGGAACACAAGAUCUUCUGUGUUCAAUACAAUCUCUGAAACUCAAAGGCUUGCAGUCUUCCUUGAUUAUGACAGAAUGGGACUCUUAAAAAGGCCAUUACUCAAGUAACUGUAUGUCGGACAGUAGAAGCCUCAGUUUCCCAAGGAGGACAUACUUGCGAAGAUUCAGAUAUGGAAGAAGUUCUGGAUUUUGAAGGUUUCACCCUUAAUGACUAUUUAUUAAGUAUGAGGUGUAAAAGAAAUCAUGAAGAAACACUCAAGAGAAAUUCUAUCUGCCAUCACUCUUCCACCACUGAGAUGAGAAAGGGAAGACCAUGUAAUCACACAAUUAAUCGAGAGAUCCGAACAGAUACAUUGAGAUUUUGGCAGGUCAAGGAGCAGUACACAUUUGACAUUCCACACACAGCAUGUGAUAAUGGCAGCUGGUUUGAAAAGGUCAUGACUGACCUUUCCAAUGAUAGACACCAAAAACUUGAACUCACUUAUUGCCACUACAAAAAAGUUGUUAAUCUGGAGAGCAGCGUAAAUAUAACGAUGUUCAUGAGUGACUGCAAUGAGAUCACCACCCAGUUCUUAUGGGAGCAGCUUGUUCAGCGGAUCACAGGAAGAAUCAGUAAAAGAUGGCUGGAAGUAACACUAAUUUUAAGUCCUUUGUUCUCCUUUGAUGAUGUUCGCAAAGUCUGGAAAAGAAAGGGCAUCAGUCUUUGUGGAGAGAGAAAUCAAACAUACCCAUUCAUCCAUUGGCUGGGUGUCCUGGACCAACGAAAGGCAUGGGCAGGCCUUUGUUCACCAGAACAAAAUGCAGAAUUUAGGAUGGAGACCAUUAAGGCCAUAUUGUUAAAGCACAAUCUCCUGACCGUAGAGGAUAUAGCCAAGAUUAUUUGCACCACUUUCAUGGUUCCACAGUGUCCACAGCUCACUGAACUGGUGCACCUCUCACUUACUGCAUGCAAGAUAUUCCACAAAAGUCAAGAUCAAGAGGAUGGAGUUACAAACUCAGUGCACCUCCAACAUGUAGCUCCCAGAUUGAGUGAAACUAAAAGAAUUUCCAAACCAAGCCAACACUAUAGAAGAGCUGUUAGGACAGCAGCCUUGUACGAAGGACUAAUGUUUGAUGGCAAUACCUCUGAGCCCUCAAUUGACCUUGAAAUCAAGAAUGUUAGGCUGAAGAUAGAAUGUAAAUCUACUCAAAAUUCACCUUAUGAGGAACCAGUUAAAAGAGAGACACAGAGUCAGCUUAUGAGUGAAAAAUAUGAAGAAACUGAAUUUAAAGCCUCUCAUGACCAGUCUUAUCUGUUAACCAAAGCUGGUAUGUUGGACAGUGACUCAGUGCAGUGUUCAUUGAGUAAACCACUUAAACUAAACAGCCACAGACAACUCAUGAAUGAACAGUAUGAGCACAUAUUAAGAGAGUCUUGUCAUGAUCAGACCCAACUAGUUAUAAGUGAAGAUCUACCAAGUAAAAAAGAUAGUCAUAACAAAACUGGACUUAGCAAGAAUGAAAAGCAGCUGUCUGAUGAUUACAAUCAGCAUUUGCAAGUAGGACAGGAAGAAAACUCUUGUACAAAUAAUAAUAAGCACUUCACAUCAGAUAAGAUGAAAGUGAAAAGUUCUCAGAAAUGUCAGCCUUUAGAAACUAAAGAUAUGGAAGACUCAUUAUCCUUAUACUGCUUAGAAAAUGAAGAUGAUUGUUCAUUUUCAGGAGAUAGCUCAGAUGAUGAUUCUGAAAAUGAACAAUCAUUGAUACUGAUGGAAGAUUCUGAUUCUGAAAUAUCACAAAAGAAUCCCCUCAUUUCAUUCACUUCAUUGAUGAAGAGUUCAAAACGAUGGCAAGACAAUGAGGAAUACAUGUGUCCUCUCUUUGCAAGAACAAGUUAUUACAUAUCAACCCCACAUCAGACUCUGAAGGACACAUUGCCAAACCAACUGCAGCUGAGCAGUCGUGAUACUUCUCUACUGGUAGUUGUUAAGAGUGAUGGAGGGUUGUUGACACAUCUCAAGAAAUCUGAAAUUCAUUCCCAAAAUAAAGACACAAGUGCAGAACUUGGGAAUAUUUCUAACAAGGAGGCAAGUAAAGUUUGUAGUACUAAAAGCUCCAUUAGUAAUGGAUGUCUACAAACAAGUGAGAGUGUUAGGAAUUCUGAAGCAAAUAGUCCAGUUUCCUCAGAAAAAAAAGUCCCAUCUUCAGAAGUUCAUGAAAAUCUAAGAAGUAAUCAAGAAGUUUAUCAAGAUUUUACUGUCAUUGAACCAAUACCUUCUUGCACACCUCCAGUAACUAGUACAAGGAGGAAAGCAUGUUUCAGGGCUUAUCAAGAAAGUAAUAUAACUUCCCAUGAUCAUGCAAUAAAUAAAACGAAUAUGCCUCAACAGAACUCAGAUACUGGUAAAUCUACUUUUUCCAAUCUUCAGUCUGAAGGAAUGCUACCAGUAAGUUCAAAAGAAUCACAUAUAUCAAAGAGAUUUAACAAGGGAGAUGGCAUAUCAAGACACCUUCCCCAUGAAUUAAAUGGUGAACAAAAGGAAGAGCCUCUUGAAUCAUCUAAAGAACAUGUUUUAUCACAAUCCCAAAAGGAUAAUAAAACUUUAAGACAAAAUUCUCUCCUUCAGGAUUCUCCCAAAACAGGAGAGCUUACCAAAGAGCUGAGAAUGUUCAGAAAUAAUAGAAGUAUUCUGUCCUCUGCAACUAUGGAGUCACCACCUUUGGGUAUCAGAAGUCCAAGUGACUCACACCAACCACAAUGUAUGAUUGAAAAGAAUGCUGAAGACAAGGAAUGCAUUAGCCUUCCAGAUCAGAAAGAUGAAAUAAUAAAAGAUGCAAGUACAAAUAACUCAUCUGGUCUACAAUGUGGGCCUGGUGAACUUGAUCAGAAAAAAUAUAUGACAAUGGAAAAUGAAGAAUUAAAACAACAGAAUACACAUGUCACAGUGAACCCUACAAAGGAACACUCAUAUGCACGGAACACUGUGGAGAAACCAGUGAUGAAAAAUAACUUGAAUAGACAAAAUGUUGUUAAAGAAUCGGUUAAACAAAGUGAAUCAAGCAGAAUUUGUGUUGCUCAGAAUUCAGAAGAUCUUGGCAUGGCUCACCAACAUGAGAAACAGACUAUUAAAAACAGUCCAGAGGCAUGUAAUGUAACCCAAGAUCACCUCACAACCAAGUCUUCUGAUCAUCUACUUGCAAGUACCUCUCCAGCAAAGCAGAAAACAGAUGGAGGAAAUACCAAUACCCUCAAGAGGCAGAGAUGGAAAUCCUUCAAGCUAAGAGAUAAUUAUGAAGAAAAUGUUUAUCAAAUUAAGGUGAAGAAAAUCUACAAGCCAAGAACACAUUCUUUUGAUGAAGCAACUCUGAAGAGACUGAAGAAACCACUCAUGAAGGGAUGGAUAAGGGAGCUCGUACAGCGAAUUGUCAGUGCUUCUUCUAAUAAGGAUGUCUAUUACCAUACACCCGAAGGAAAGAAGCUGCGAUCAUCUGUAGAGGUUGAUAAAUAUUUGGAGACGAUGAGAAUAACAGGUUUGACACGAGAAAACUUCACCUUUUACCGCGCUGAACUGGGAUUUGGAGAGCCCUUUGAAAUUGUUCGUAAUGCUGCAAGGCUGAUGAGGCGCAUUCGACAUUCACCAGACAAACAGGGUCAAGGUUCAUCUUGGGUACGUAGAAAACGGUUGGUGAAAGGCAACACCAACACCAUCAAAAGUGAGAUUAAGGAAAGCUUUAUCAUUUCGGAUGCACUUCCUAAUGACAGAUUCUGGAUCACCUGCUUCGAUGACUUGGAGAACUCCAUGGAAACAGAUACAACAGAAAUUGUGAAUGAAAAUGGCGAGCUGACAGGUUUUGAGGAGUGGUCUGUAGAUGGUGUGGUUCAUGCUAGUGUUGCCUCCACAAGUACUUCCUCUGUUCCUACAUCUGAAAGUUUAAGUACAGCUACCACAGCUAGCAUAACCACUACAGCCAGCACAUCCACUACAUGUGAUACUUCCACCACUCCUAGCACAUCUACCACACUUAAUGCACUCACCCCUCCUGACACAUCCACCACACCUAGUUCAUCAGUUACACUUAACACUUUUACCACACCUAGCACAUCUACCACUCUUAACACAUUCACCAAAUUUAACUCCUCUUUCACACCAAACAUAACAACUACAUUUAACACACCUGUCACACCUACAAUAUCCAUCCUACCUAAUAUAUCCAGCACAUAUAACAUAUCCACCAUACAAAGCACAUCCUCCACAUCCAACACAGCUAAUACAUCCACUAUUCUUGGAUCAAUAUUUGCCAACAGAGCUGCUAAACCUCACACAACCAGUGUAAUUAGCACGUGCAAUUCACUUGUCAGCAAAACAAAAUCUUCAUGCAGUACAGCUACUGUACCUACCACUUUAACCUCACAGACUAGUAUACCCAUAUCAUUGAUGAUCACUACAUAUAACACAACCCCAACAUCUGGUAGCAUUGCCACUACACAGGCUGUCUCCACAACAUGUAGUAGUACUUCUACAUAUGAUUGCAUAAUCCAUACCACUGGGAGUAAAACCACUGCACAAACUUCCACACCCAAAAUGUAUAAAAAUUUAACCAGUUCUGUACCAACACCCCUUACUGUUGCUGUAUCAGGUGUUGGCAUUGCCUGUACAGCUCCCACAUUAGUAUCAUCAGACAACAUCACUCAUACACGUCCCUUAAUAUCCCCAGACAGCACCACUCAUUCAGCUAUUCCCAUAGCAUCCCCAGACACAUCAAUACAAGUUCAUGCCAGAGCAUCACCUACAAAUACAUCAGACACCCUUGGUACUCUUACUAAUUCUUCUACACCUGCAUUUUUUUCUACUCCACAUAGCCACUCUAAUAUAUAUGAAGAUAACAAACCUGCCAGUCUAAUCCAACUGUCCUUUGAACCUAGAAUUCUCAAAGUGUAUAACCCAGCUGAUGCCCAGAGGCUGUAUGAUAUGCUUGAUUCUCCUCCUGAUCCUGACUCUAAGAGAUCACACAGCAGUGUCUCCACUUUGACUCAGCAACUUUCUGAGGAUAAGCUGAAAGGAGGUAUUAUAAGAUCUCUUGACUGUGAAAGGACAAAGAACAAGUCCAAAAAUAUUGAUGAACAGAUCAACACAGAUUUUACAUAUGUAGUUCCAACCUCUAAGAUGGAUAGAAAUAGUGUAACAAAAAUAAGAGUUAAGGAUGAUGGUAUUAGGUACUCACACACUUCAAGACGACAGCAUGUGAACAGCACCAGUCAACCACCAAUCACUUCAGAUAAGAACAGGAAUCAACUGUCAACUCCAAAAUUCAACAACAAGCAACAUUCAGGUCCAUUUCUGGACAACAGACAAGAGUCUGUUCCACUUAGCAGAAAAUGGCAACAGCCACUUUCAAAGAAAAGGGACAAUCAUCAAUUUACAGAAAUCAAUAGUAACAUGUCACAGGUCUUGAAAAGUGGCAAUACCCAACAGCCAAGACUCAACAAAGGCUAUGAACAACAUUCAGUUGUAAUUGGCAGCAAAGAGCAACAACCAAUUUCAGUCUCUACUAACAAGAAAAGUUUAGCUACUCUUAGCAAAAGCCUUUGGCCAGCACCAGUUACCAACCACAAGCAAGAGCCAGCAGCAGUCAACAAUAGUAAACAACAGUCAGUUUUAGUCACAUGCAAUAUACAACAACCCUUUAGCAGUAUGCAACAAUCAUUAUCAGUCAACAGUGGUAGGCAAAUUUCAGGCAACAGUAAAAGUCAAAAGACAGCAGAAGUCAUUGACAGUAAGCUACAGUCCCUUCUCUUAAGCAGUAAUGCACAAUACUCAACAGUGAACAACAGUAGCCAGCAGCCAACACCAAGCAACAACCAAGACUCAACUCCAGUUCCAAGCAAGAUCCAACAGUCAGCUCCAGUCAUGAACUAUAAGCAGCAAUCAACUUCAGUUGACAGCAGUAGCAAACUGUUACCCCAAAUUAAAACUCCUGUUACCACUAACAUACAACAGUUAACUUCGCUUGCUACUAUUAAGCAACAGUCAACUUUAGUCACCACCAGCAGGCAACAGACCACCCCAGUCAUCAGUAGUAGGCAACAGACCACCCCAGUCAUUAGCAGCAGGCAACAAACCACCCCAGUCUUCAGCAGCAAGCAACAGACCAUCCCAGUUGUCAGCAGCAGGCAACAGACCACCCCAGUCAGCAGCAGCAGGCAACAGACCACCCCAGUCAGCAGCAGCAGGCAACAGACCACCCCAGUCAGCAGCAGCAGGCAACAGACCACCCCAGUCUGCAGCAGCAGGCAACAGACCACCCCAGUUACCAACAGCAGACAACAGACCACCCCAGUCUUCAGCAGCAGUCAACAGACCACCCCAGUCUUCAGCAGCAGGCAACAAAUAAACACAGUCAUCAGCAGCAGGCAACUGACCACCCCAGUCAUCAACAGCAGGCAACAGACAGAUUCAGUUGCUAACAGCAAGCAACAGACAGACCCAGUUGUCAACAGCAAGCAACAGACAGACCCAGUUGUCAACAGCAAGCAACAGACAGACCCAGUUGUCAACAGCAAGCAACAGACAGACCCAGUUGUCAGCAGCAGGCAACAGACCACCCCAGUCUUCACCAGCAUGCAACAGACCACCCCAGUCUUCACCAGCAGGCAACAGACCACACCAGUCUUCAGCAGCAGGCAACAGACCACCCCAGUCAUCAACAGCAGGCAACAGACGGAUCCAGUCAUCAGCAGGAGACAACUGACCACUCCAGUCAGGCAACAGAUAUCCCCAGUCAUCAGCAGCAGGCAACAGAUCACCCCAGUCAUCAACAGUAGGCUACAGACCAUCCCAGCCAUCAACAGCAGGCAACAGACCACCCCAGUCAUCAGCAGCAGGCAACAGACCAUUCCAGUCAUCAGCAGCAGGCAACAGACCACCCCAGUUACCAACAGCAGACAACAGACAGACCCAGUCAUCAGCAGCAGGCAACAAUCAACCCCAGUCACUGAAAGUAGAUACCUAUCAACUUCAUUUACCAGCAGCAUGGAACAGUCAACUCUACCCAUUAACUCAAGUUGUAACCAACAGCUAACUCCAAUCAUCAUCAGCAGGCAACAGUCAGUUCUUACCAGCAGCACACAGCAGUCACCUCUUCUUAUCAGCAGUUGGUCAACUCCAGCCUCAAACUGCAGUUAUGAUCAGCAGUCAACCCCAGUUAUCAGCAGCAGGCAACAGUUAACCACUUCUGUAAGCUCCAAAGAACAGUCAUCUCCAGUGACAGACAACAAUCAGUUCAUUCCAGUGAUGAGUAUACAACAGUCACUUACACCCAUAAGUGAUGUGCACCAAUCAUUGCCAUCACCUGGCAACAGAUGCCAAGUGAGUCAGCACAAAGCCGAUGAUCAGCAUCUGAAAUUUGUCAUGAGUAAUGAUGAGCAGAAGACUCUAAACAGCAGUAAUGAUAACAAGAUAUAUCCAGACAACAGUCAUAUAAUUCCAAUCAUAACUAAAAUCCACCAUGUGACUCCAGGUGUGAGUAAUCCCCAAGAAACCCUUCCAGUGAUAAGUAAGGUCCAGCAAAAAAAUUCAGACAUCAGUAGUGUUUAUCAGACCAUUCCAUUAGUGAGUGAAGGGCAGCCAGAAAUUUCAGAUAUGAGUGAUGUUGAGCAGAUAAUUCAACACACAAAUUAUGUCCAACACUUAAUUCCAGAGGAACAAAUUAUUCCCAUCAUGAGCAACACCCAACUGACAUCAAUACCCAAAACCUUGUCAGAACCAGUGGUAACUGUUACUAGCAUUCAGGAUUCCUCAGCAGUGCCACAGGUUAGCAACAGUUUGUUAGCACCAGUAGUGACCUCAUAUACAACUGAAAGUCGUCAAAAACAGUCUGUUUCUACACCAUGGAAAAUUAUGUCUUUACCACAUAGAAACAAUGAGCUACAAUAUAUGGUGAUUUUGCCCAAGGAGAAAAUAGAGCACAACAAGACACCAGAGAUUACAAUAAAGUCAAUAGAAAAAGUGAAAUCAAUGUCGCAUGUGAAGGAUAGUACAUGUUAUGGAAAUAAAAGCAAUCAUGCAAAAGUGAAAGGUAAGCAAAUGAAACAGACUGCCAGAAAGUCCACAAAAUCCCGUCCCACCAGGAGUAAGCCUGCUGCACCUGCUGACAGGGUGUUUGUUGAUGUUGGGAUAUUAAGUGUUGACACAGAGGAUUCCAUGACAGAGAAUAAUGAGAUUGUUUCUGAACCUGACAGAAUAAGAGGUGGAGCAACUGAUAUUUCAACAGAUAUGCAAGUGAAUUUGGAUUUAAUGUUAGAUGAGAUUAACCAUAAUAUAAACAGCUUUCAGCAGACUUUCCACUUUCCUGAGGUGGCAAAUGUACUAAACACUGUACAAAGUUUCAGUAACAUUUCAGAUAACACAAUGGUCAGACCACCACCUCCCCUGAAGCAGUUCUUUCCCCAAACUAAAAGAAAGAUAACCAGGGUUACUUGUCCCCCACUAAUCCCCAUACAUAAAAUGACUAAGCUUUCACCGGAAACAAGUCUGAAUAGCAGCUCUCAUUUAGUACCACAAAGACAGACAUCAUCUAGUCUUUCUGAGAACAGUUCCAGUUACCUUCCCCAACUGCAGGAUCAUGAACACAGUGUUUCUCAAAAUAUGGAUCAGUGAGCACCUACUGUGUAUUAUAUUAACAUCACAUUUCCCAGUUGUAUGUACUCUAUUUUAAUAGUUCAGGGCCACAUCUAUGCAUCUGUUGCCUUAUAAAAAUAAAUGAGUGGUGCCAAAUUAAAUGCAAUUGAAUUCAGAUUUAAAUUAAUUAUAAUUGUAGUUUAAAAUGGUAUAUUUGAAAUAAUUAACUCUUUAUGAAUUCAAUGUAUAAGAGAUGUUUCAUUUACAAAUCUGUAUUAACUGUGCUGUCAGCAAUUAGCCUUUCCAAAAUUAAAUGAUGCCAACACAAUAAUAAUGAAUACAUAUACAUACUUUGUAAUUUAUGAAUAAAAUACUAUUGUAAUGGUAAAAUGUUAAUUAGUUGCAAGUUGAUCUAUACCACAGUGGGAAUACUCAAGACUGGAAGUGUUAUAAAUUCUGGAGUUGCUCUACAUUUCAUGAUAUAAACACUCAUUUCAUGAUGGAAUUACAUUCAUAUAUGGGGAAAAAUGUAAAAUACUCCACACUGAAAAUACAUCUCUUAACAUUUGGAUAUCAUUAUUGAAAUUAUAUAUUAUACCUACAUAAAACAUAAUAUAAUUGCACUGAUUUCAUGUUGUACCAUGAAAAUGUGAACAAGUUGUAGAUAAUAUCAGUAUUUAGAAAACUUCCAUAUUUUGUAGGAUUAUUUUUCAUUUAUUUAUUUAUUUUUUAGUUAUUUUAUUUUAUUUUAUUUUAUUAUUUUUUCUUUAUUACUUUAUUUAUUUUUAUUUACUUAUUUAUUUUAUUUUUAUAUUUUUUAUUUAUUUAUUUAUUUUUGUUUUUUAUUUAUUUAUUUAUUUAUUUAUUUUUUGAGAAGGAUUCUCAACUUGUAUGAAUUUAUUUGGAUGUUAUAUGAAUCUAUUAAGACAGCAGCUGUAAUGGAUUGCAAGAUAAACUCUUUCACUUGCCUCAGGGACUUCAUGUAAGAAUGUAUUAUCUCCAAGUGAAAAUUAUACAAAUAAAUAUUGCCAUAUUAUGAUGGCUGACUUUCUAAAAACUAAAACUAUAUGAGAAUGUUUUGUCUAAAUAAAACACUAUACUACAA